GUCUAUCAUGUUAUCGUAAAUUGAAACUUCGAAAGAAAAUUAUUCUAAUUAACUGAUUUCAGGAUUGAUUAGAGUUGACAAAUUCUUCAGAUAACCAGAUUAUCAUAUAUUUUUGAAAAUUUUGAUCAUUAAUUAUCUAUGAUGUUUUAUUGACAACUAUCAGGUGUUCCGUACAAAGAGGUUAUCUGUGCUCUGUAGUCAAAUGAUAUUUGUGUUGGGAUCAUGUUUAUUAUUUUUAUAACAAGUUUCGUCUUUCUGGAAGCACGCAAGACAAUAAUUUGAAAAAGUAAAAAUAAAAUAUUAUCAUUAUGGCUGCAGCGUUUAAAAUGCCUCAAGAACCUUGCCCAUUUCCUUCUUUGGAAUCUGAUGAAGAAUCAUUUGUUGUGUUGGGACAAUCAAUUCCUGAUGCUAGUACAGAAAUAUAUAGUGAGCCAAUUGGGGCAUCAGUAAUAGCUGAAGCUAAAAGACUUUUAAACAGCGAGAUUGAAGGUAUAGAACAAACAAUCAGUAAAUCAGAAGAGAAAACGUCUUCAGAUGUAAACAAAGAUGAUACAGAUAAAACCUUAACAAAAAUUUCUAAUUUACCAAACUUACCUUCAUUAAAUAAGGGUUUUGAAUCCGCAAAUGCUAUCAGCAUAGUGUCUUUUACUCCUGAUAUGACAUCUGAAGAGAUUCAAAACAAAGUUAGUCAAAUUAUUGAAGAAAAUAUUCGUCUGAAAGAUACCAUUUUGCAAAAUAACAUGAGUUUAAAGUCUCAAUAUGAGAGAAUUAUGGCGUGGCAAGAGGAUGUCAAAAAAGUCCACGAAAUCCACAAAGGAAAACUUCUUGAAGCUAAAAAUUUUAUUGACGCUUUGAAAAGAGAAAAGGAAAAUUUGCAAAGUCAAUUGGAAAAAUCCAAGCAAGUAGCAUAUGAAUUUAAUAAAAAAAAUCAAAAGAUGGAAAAGUUGUUAGAAGACAAAAGCAGCCUUGCCAAAGAAGUUUUGUUACAAAUGUCUACUGAUAACAUUGAAGCAUUCAAACUAGACGUGGCCAAUAAAAAAAUUAAAGAUUUGGAGAAAAUAGUAGAAACUUUAUCUGAUGAAAACAAAAGAAUACUUAACGAAUCCAAACAAGAAGAAAAUAAUGCAAUAAUUAACAAUCUUCAAGAACUAUUGACAAAUUUAACAUUAGAAAAUGAACGUUUGAAUCAAGAAGACACAAAACUUAAAGCCGAACUAAAUGAUAAAGGACAAAAGGUUAAACAAAUGGAACCUGAAUGUGAAAAAAUUAUAGAUGAACGUGAUAAUGCAUUGAAACAAGUACAGGAAUUAAAAGAUGCAUUAUAUAUUAAAAAGCAACGUGAAGAAGCUUUGAUAAUGACAGUGAAUAGCAUGAAAGAUGAAAUGAAUAAAUUAUCAACUCAAUUGGAAGAUGCUCAAACUUUACGUUCUCAAUUAAAUGAUACUCAAAUCGCUCUUACUCAAAUGGAGUAUACUAGAACCCAAGCAUAUGCACAAAUAAGUCAUUUGACUAACGAAUUAUCAGUCAUUAAAAGUCAAUUGGAAAUACUGCAAACGCAACAACAAACAAACAGUCAUAACAAUCAGGAUGAAGUUUUUGUUUUACAGACUCAAUUGGACGUGUAUAGAGCGGAUUUUGAAGAAGAGAGACGCGCUAGGGAAAUUAUUAAAAGUGAAAAUGAUCGUCUUCAUGAAGACCUACAGAAUGUCCAAAGGCGCAAUGAACAACUACAAUCUGAAAUUGAAAUGCUUCGUAACGGAGAUUUCGUAGUUUAUCCUAGUGCUCCACAGAGGUCUGGAGAAGAAUCUUCGCCGCCUAAACCUAUACUGAAAUGUCCCAAAUGCAAUUUCGGUUUCUCUAAUGUUAGAGAACUCGAAGAACAUGUUAAUAGAUGUUUGGAUUUGGAUGAUAACUUACCUUAAGAUAACCUCCAUUUAUUUCUAGAGUUGGUAUUUUUUUAUAGUGUAAAAUCAACAAUUACAGUUAUCUCCUUUAUAACCUAUUUUCGAUCCAAAUUCACUGAGGGAAAUGUGUAUAGAAAAUUUAAUUUUUUCGUAGUAUAGUAUAUACCAAAAAAGUAUCACAUCAUAAUGUUUUUAACACGUUGACUGAUAAGGCAAAUUUUCACAAUUUUAUUUAAUAGCGUUGCAUCAUUAAAAAACUAAUUUGAAUACAAAGUUAUCACUGGAAGGUAUACAAAAUGUAGAUUUGGAAAAAAUUAUUUCUUGGUUGAAUUAUGUAAAAAAUAUUAUCUCGGGGGAUUAGAUCAUGAGUUAUUUCAUAGUUGACAGUCAUGUAAAUUAACAAUAGACACAAAGUGAUACAAGAAUAUUGUAAAGUAAGAUAUUUUAGCGAUUAUUAUUAUAAUUUUUUUAACUUUCUAGAAAUCCUUUUCUACUUGGAGAUCCAGGUAAUGGUACCCCUGCUAAUCCUCUUGCAUAUACCCAUCCAUAUACAACCUGAAUGAUAUUUCUUAUUUGCUUACAUACAUGUUGGUUAAAGGAACUCAAAAUAGGAAAAUAUAUUUUUUUGAAAAUAAAUUAAUUUGAGUUUACAAUACUUUUUUGGUAGAGUGUAUUUCAUAGUAUCAGAAUUAUAAAAAUUAGUGAUUAAACUAUAUUAUCGUAUCAAAAGAAA